AUGGGCAACGAAAAAAUCCGCCUCGUUUCGGCAAAGCCCGCUGGGCGUCAACUGACUGCGCAUCCUGAAGGGCUGGGAUCCUUGCUGAAGCCGUCACAGGGCACUGGACUUCGAGCGACGAUUUUCAACCUUUCCAACACCAUCAUGGGUGGUGGCAUCUUGGGACUCCCCCAUGCCAUGGAGCGGAUGGGCUUGAUCCCUGGCACAGCUUUGUUGGUCCUCACUGCUGGCCUCUGCUGCAUGACCGUUUGGAUGCUGCUGAUUGCCAUGGAAGAGUCACGACAAAAGUCAUACGCAGAAGUGGCGAAUGUGCUGUACGGUACUCGUGCUGGCAUUACGGUUGAUGUCACUAUUGCACUAUACAACUUUGGAGUGCUUGUGUCAUAUGUGAUGAUCAUUGGCGACAUUGUCCCAUCCUUUCUGGGUUUUUUGAAUGCGCCAGAGAUUCUUCAAGAUCGAACAUUGGUGCUGGUCUUGUCUGGUCUGUUGGUGUUGAUGCCCUUGAGCUCCAUGCCUAGCAUGGGAGCCCUCCGCCAUGCCUCCUUGCUUUGCAUUUUGAUGAUCCUGCUGCUAUCGGUGGCCCUAGUGGUCGCUGGCACCAAGACCAUCGAUGUUUCGGAAGCGCUGGAUGGCCCAGUGCAGUACUGGGCACACGGCCGAGUGGGUUUCAUGGAACAACUUCCGGUGCUGAUUUUCGCAUACACCUGCAACAUGAAUGUGCCGAUCUUCUACGGAGAGUUGCGAGCGCAGACCUAUGAAGACGUUGACAGCAAGUUCCGUUCGAAACGGGAAAAGAUGAUGUUUGCAAUGUAUUUCAGCUCAGCCCUUUGUGGUGUUGAAUACCUGCUGGUUGGUAUGUUCGGAUACUUGGCCUUCCGGGCCCGAACUGCGGCUGAAAUCCUCACCAAUCUACACAUGGCAAAGUUUUGGCCUGCUCCAUACGUUAAAGCUGGAUAUUCCUUGGUGAUGUUUACUUCGUAUCCAGUGAUGUGUUUCAGCUGCGUUGCCUCGCUUCACCGCCUACUAUGGGAGGUGUACUCGAUGCUGCACCCGGACGACGGAGCCUACCGUCGAUUCGAAGCCUGCAGUCCUGUGGUGGACAAGGACGAUGAUCAGUCGCCGAUGUCACCCUCCAUCUUUGCAACGCCAUACCUCUUGCCCGGGGAAGACCAUUUGAAGGAAGCACCAAACUUUGUGCGGGAAAAUGGCGACUCCCAUCGCGUGACGCCUCCAGCCCCUACGACUGCUGCACGGCUCUUGUGGGUGGUGUUUCUGGUUUGCAGCACCAUUCUGCUUGGAAUCGUUUUGCCAGAUUUGUCGGUGGUCUUUGGUCUCACGGGUGGUUUUUGCGGUGGCCUUGUGACUUUCUGUUUCCCAGCAAUGUUCUACAUCCGGGUGGCCAGCAAGAGGGGCGAACGUUUGCUUUUGGGCGCCUGGGCUGGUCACUUCCUGCUGUUCUUUGGCCUGGUGGCUGGUGUCGGCAGCUCUGCCCUGGUUGCAGUGACGGCAUGGAAACCCAAACCAUGA